CCAGUCAAGCCCUGUUCUCAGACCUGGCAGAGCGUGCGGAGGAGGGUAUGAUGAUUGACACCACACUGCUGGUGCACUUCUUUGGGAAGAAGGGGAAGGCGGAGCUGACUUUUGACGACUUCUACAGGUUCAUGGAUAACCUCCAGACAGAGGUUUUGGAGAUAGAGUUCCUGACCUACUCUAAAGGCAUGACCACCAUCAGUGAGGAGGACUUUGCCCGCAUCCUGCUGCGUUACACCAACGUAGAGAACAUCAGCAGUUACCUGGACAACGUCCGCCAGAGCAUCCCUGACGAGAAGAGACAACAGGGCAUCACCUUCGACGAGUUCCGCUCCUUCUUCCAAUUCCUCAACAACCUGGAGGACUUUGCCAUCGCCAUGCAGAUGUACAACUUUGCCAGUCGCUCCAUUGGCCAAGAUGAGUUUGGGCGGGCUGUGUACGUGGCCACGGGCCUGAAGCUGACACGUCACCUGGUCCACACCAUCUUCAAGAUCUUUGACGUGGACCACGACGACCAGCUGAGCUACAAGGAGUUCAUCGGCAUUAUGAAGGACCGGCUGCACCGCGGAGGGAGGGGCUACAAAACCGCAGAGCGAUUCACUUCCUUCAAGUCCUGUAUGAAGAAGGAGCUAGCUGGCAGCAGGUGAACAGGAAACAACAUGCCUCCUUCCCCAUCUGCCUGCGUGCCGAGGCCAGGAGACAGGUACGCCAACUCUAGAGGAGGUUCCAGGCUAGGGUUUAAAGAAGGAGGAAGAGGAUGAUGACAAGAGGAAGAGGAGGUUCCAGGCUGGGGUUUAAAGAAGGAGGAACAGGAUGAUGAGAAGAGGAAGAGGAGGACGAAGAAGUGGAGGAAGAUGAGGAGAAUAGGAUGAUGAAGGUGAGGAUGAAGACAAGGAAAAGAGAUGGAGGUGAAGGAUUCCAUGAACAAUCUGCAGGGGAACAUUGUGGUUUUAAGUCUACGUUCUCAGUCACCAUCCCCUCCACUAGCAUGCAGAGAAGCUGCCGUUUUGCAACAGACAUCUCAUUGGUUUCAGUUCUCCUGUUUUUCCAAUCGUGGAUCAAUUCCACAAUCCAUUUUCCUCCCAUUGCAAGUAGGCCAGUGAUGUAUAGCCUACACUACUGCACCUAGUAUUUAAGCAGUACUCGCCAAACAUUUGAAAAGCACAAAAAAAUGACAGUUUACAGAAAGUUGUAACUAAUCUCUGAUUACUCAUAAUAUAGAAUGAUUUAUGGUAAAAACAAAAAUGCUCGUAUCACAUUAAGGUUUGUAAUAUAAUAAUAUAUAAUAAUGGUCAAAUAAAGGCUGUGACUUACAUUACAGUAAGAGCCUGCAUGGUCAAGUGUAGUAUCUGUAUCAAAUGCCUUUACCAGUGAGAGAAAGGUAUGGGAGAAGGAAGAGAAUCUUAAUGUCUUAAUCAUGUAUUUUUCUAUUCAAGUUUUUUUCCAGUUUACACAGGCCUACUUGCAUAUAUUCAGCAGCAAGUUUGGUCAUCUGGCUAGAUAAUAAAGAUCAAUACAUAGCCUACAAAUGCAAUGAAUUCUACAAUGAAGCAAUAGUAGUAAGUUUUUGAAAUGCUUGCAAUUGAUGAUCUUCCAAAUGAGAGAAAGAGAGAGCAUGAUGAUAUCAUGAUAUUCCUUUAAGACUCCUUGUCUUCUGUCUGUUGUGUGUCUUCUGUCUGUUGUGUGUGUUGUGUGUGUUACGCUUGUAAUGAUUAGGCGGGGAAGAAGUCAAACUUUUUUUCAUGUGUGCCUUGUUUUCUACAUGUCUUCCCUGUCAAAACUAAUUCCAUUCCAGCAACAAAUUUCGUUGAAAAUGUACCUUGUCGGAAAGCAAAUUGCUGACCUGCCCUCCUACCAGUGUACUGUGCAACCUAGGUUUCCUUGAUUCACUAUGUAAUUGACCAACAUUUCACCUCAAUUGGUAAUGAUUAUAUUUAUUUAUUGAAUUAUUAAUCUGUUUGUAAUAUAAAUCUACUUAACAGCAAUAUUAUGAGCAAACGUUUUGAUUUUAAGUUUGGACCAGUAAGCAUGAUAGUGAUUUAAUUAUGUUCAACGAUUCAAGGUGAAUCUCUGUAUUUAGUUUGAAUAUUAAAUAACUUAAAUGGUUUGACUUAACUGAUUUAUAGUUACUCUGCGUAUUUGCAUUAUAUUAGACGCUAUAGAACAUAUAAACACAUUUCUCGACCAUUCCCUCAACCAAGCGGUGAAGUGUGUGGUUGGUGUGAAAAUAACUUGACAGAAUGCAAGUGAAAAGUGUGAUGAAUGCACGAAUAAAGACUUUUGAAGGAAA